AUGGCCGACAUUGUCCCCCUCCUCAUCAACAACGAGUCCAUCGUGACCGAUACCGUCUUCGACGUCUACAACCCGGCCACGGGACAAGUCGCGCACCGGUGCGCCGGCGCGUCCGUCGACGAUGCCCGGCGGGCCGUCGACUCGGCCAAGGCGGCAUUCCCGGCGUGGAGCAAGACGACGCCGAACGCGCGGCGCGACAUCCUCCUGAAGGCGGCGGACAUCAUGCUGUCGCGGCGCGAGGAGCUGAUCGCAUACCAGAUAGAGGAGACGGGGUCGCAGCGGCCGUUCGCGGAGAAGACGUUUGAGAUGGGCGCGGCCUUCAUCAAGGACUUUGCGGCGCGCAUCCCGUCCAUCGAGGGCGCAGUGCCGUCCGUGUCGGAGCAGGGCGAGUGCGCCGUGGUGUUCAAGGAGCCGUACGGGGUGAUUCUAGGCAUUGCGCCGUGGAACGCCCCCUUCAUCCUCGGCACGCGCGCCGUGCUGCUGCCGCUCGCCGCCGGCAACACGGCCAUCCUCAAGGGCUCCGAGCUCUCGCCCAAGUGCUUCUGGGCGCUGGGCGACAUCUUCCGCCAGGCCGGCCUGCCCGACGGCUGUCUGCAGGUGCUGUACCACAAGGUGACGGAUGCGCCCGCCGUCACCGAGGCGCUCAUCGCGCACCCGGCCGUCCGCAAGAUCAGCUUCACGGGCAGCACGCACAUCGGCGCUGUCGUGGCGUCGCUGGCGGGCCGGUACGUGAAGCCCGUGCUGCUCGAGCUAGGCGGCAAGGCGGCCGCCAUCGUGCUAGACGAUGCGAACCUCGAGCGCGCGGCGUUCAACUGCGCCCUGGGGGCGUUUAUGCAUUCUGGUCAAGUGUGCAUGUCGACGGAGCGCAUCAUCGUGCAACGCGGCGUUGCGGAGAAAUUCCGCGAGCUGCUGGCUGGUGCGGCGGAGAAGGUGUUUGGACAGCACACGCCGGCGCCGGUGCUGGUCGCGGCAGCGGCGGUGUCCAAGAACAAGGCGCUGGUAGCGGACGCGCUGGCCAAGGGGGCGGAGGUGGUGUUUGGCGACGCGGCGGCGACGGAGGCGUGCGGGAGCAGCAUGCGGCCGUUGAUCGUCGGCAACGUGACCAAGGCGAUGGACCUGUACGCGACCGAGUCGUUUGGGCCGACGGUCUCGCUUAUGGUGGUGGACAGCGAGGAGGAGGCGGUGGCGCUGGCCAACGACACGGAGUAUGGACUGUCCUCGGCGGUGUUUACGGAUAACCUGUUCCGGGGCCUGCGGGUGGCAAAACAGAUUGAAUCCGGGGCGGUCCAUAUCAACUCGUUGACGAUCCACGACGAGGCGGUGCUGCCACAUGGAGGGUACAAGAGCAGUGGAUUUGGGCGGUUUGGAGGGGCGCACGGGUAUGAUGAGUGGUUACAGACCAAGACGGUGACAUGGGUAGAGUAG